AUCAACCGUUAAUAAAAGGGAGCUAAGCUAUUUUGCCCGCCCUCCGCCAGUCUGCCACCAUGCGGCGCCUCAUCGCUGCUAUCCACCGUAACCGGCGGCCUGGCAUAUGUAUUAAUCACCCUAGCUGUUAUACUCCUAUAACUCUCUCCCACUACAAACCGCUGAAACCCCAACCGCCUCCAUCUCCGCCGUCACCGCCAAAACCCCCAAAAAAGCCGAAAACUUUCACUCUCCACGGAGAGUCAUGGGAGGACCCAUAUAGCUGGAUGUCCCAACUCAACGACAAGGUUGCGAUGCGCCACAUGGAUGUUUAUAUGGAACAAGAGGAGAAGUACACUGAAGCUGUUAUGUCUGACACCGAGCGCCUUCAGUCCAAGCUUCAGUCAGAAAUGGCUUCUCGCUUGGCGUACGAUCUUUCAACCCCUCCAAUUCGGUGGGGCCCUUGGUUGUACUAUAGGCGUGUAGAAGAGGGGAAACAAUAUCCAGUUUUAUGCAGGAGGUUAGUGAGCACAAAUGAAGAGUUCAUAUCUCACAAAUCUUCUUCAUCCGGGUUUGAUUUCACUUCUGGAAAGAGAAUUGAGCAAAAACUGCUCGAUUACAACCAGGAAGCCGAAAGAUUUGGAGGUUAUGCAUAUGAAGAAUUAUCUGAAAUAUCCCCGGAUCACCGAUAUCUUGCAUAUACUAUGUAUGAUAAAGACAAUGAUUUUUUUAAAUUAUCUGUGAGGGACUUGAAUUUUGGGUCUCUGUGUAUUCACCCUCAAGCUGAUCGUGUAUCGAGUAUAGCUUGGGCAAAAAAUGGACAAGCUUUACUUUAUGUUGUUACUGAUCAUCAGAGGAGGCCUUGUAGGUUAUAUUGUUGUCUGCUUGGUACAAAUGAAAAUGUGUUGCUUUUAGAAGAGCCUCGUGCAAAUGUAAAUUUGAAUGUAAGGCAUACGAAGGACUUUAUGUUUGCUACUGUAAAUGUGCUUGCUACCACAUUUUCUAAGGUCUUUCUAAUAGAUGCCUCUGAACCAUUAUCUGGCCUUAACCUGGUUUGGGAAUGUGAAGGGCAAGCUCAUUGCAUAGUUGAGCAUCAUCAUGGUUAUCUUUACCUGUUUACAAAUGCUGCAAAACAUGGCAAACCUGUUGAUUCUCACUAUCUUUUACGUGCUCCUCUUAAGUAUCCACUUGAUCAAAGCAUGUGGGAGAGUGUUUUUGAUGAUAAGCUAGAGGCCAUCGAAGAUGUUGAUUUCAGCAGCACACAUAUGGUACUCGUACUGCGAGAGGGGCGAAGAUAUAGACUCUGUUCUGUUCCUCUGCCUCUGCCAAGUGGCAAGGUAGGGGUUCAACUUGAAGAACUUAAUCCACACUUUUUGCCUCUUCCAGAUAAUGUUUCUCAAAUUUUGCCGGGUCCUAAUUACGAUUUUUGUUCCUCUAUGAUGCGAUUCACAGUCUUAUCUCCUGUGAUGCCAGACGCAGUUGUUGAUUACAACUUAUCAAGGGGAACCUGGAGUAUAGUUCAACAACAAAACAUGUUUCAUGAAAGAACAAAGUCACUGUAUGGAUCAGAUUCUUCUAGUGGUGAGAGGUCAUCUACUACAAUCCCCACAAAAUCAGUUGUAUCUGAAAGUUAUCCCUCGUGGAAUGAUCUCUCUGAGAUUUAUGCAUGUGAGCAUUAUGAGGUCACUUCAUAUGAUGGGGCAGCAGUUCCUUUGACUGUGGUAUACUCUCACAGCAGGAAAAAGCAAGCACAAAACCCUGGGCUACUUCAUGGACAUGGGGCUUAUGGUGAGAUCCUAGAUAAACGGUGGCGUACUGAGUUGAAGAGCUUGCUUGACCGCGGUUGGGUUAUUGCAUAUGCUGAUGUCAGGGGUGGAGGUGGCGGGGGGAGAAAGUGGCAUCAAGAAGGCAGAUGCUCAAAAAAGUUGAAUUCCAUACAUGAUUAUUUAGCAUGUGCUAAAUAUCUGAUAGAUGCAAAAGUUGUUGAAGAAACUAAGUUAGCUGGUUGGGGAUACAGCGCGGGAGGUCUGUUGGUGGCAUCGGCUAUUAAUUCUUUCCCAUCCCUAUUUCGUGCUGCAGUUUUGAAGGUUCCGUUUCUGGAUCCAUGUAACACACUUGUCUCCCCGAUUUUGCCCCUCACACCUGCUGAUUAUGAGGAGUUUGGGUACCCUGGGGACAUUGAAGACUUUCAGGGUAUACGGAAAUAUUCACCUUAUGAUAACAUACAAAAAGAUGCACUCUACCCCGCGCUCUUGGUGACAUCUUCUUUUAAUACCAGGUUUGGAGUAUGGGAAGCAGCCAAGUGGGUUGCUCGGUUGCGUGAAUACUCCCUUUAUGAUCCUAAACGCCCGGUACUUCUGAAUUUGACAGCUGAGAUUGUUGAGGAAAACAGAUAUCUGCAUUGCAAGGAGUUGGCAUUAGAGAUGGCAUUUCUCAUCAAGAUGAUGGAGUGAAUUAUAAUUAGCUUCCACUGCCAGUUCCUUGGAUUUCUCCUGACGUUGUUACUGAUUCUCUUCUCAAGUCCAUUAAUGACUUGGGAUAGAUUACUUAUCACGUCAUAGCAGAUGAAACAGCUCAAUCUAAAUGCAAAAUUCAAAGACCCAUGCUCAAUCAUCUCCCUCUUUAAUAGAUCUUCUUCUGCAAAAAGCUGGAAGAUCAUCUUCGACCCUUUUCUCUACUUUUCUAGGGAAGUUGCUUUUUUUAUGCUCCAAUUUUCCGUUUAAAAAUGUAAAGGAAAAUUAGAUGUGCCUUAUUUUUUCAUUUUUGCAACAAAAGUGCGCAAGAACAUCUGAACAUCUUGUAGGAUUGUUCCUACAAUCCUACUGCGUCAUCCAUCGAAAGAAGUUCAUUGCGCCUGAGUUGUGACUUUGUGUAAGUGCAACUGGACCACUUGACACUGUCAGAUGCUCAAAUCCAAGGUCAAACGGUAAUUAUAACAACAUAAAUCC